AUCUCAUCCUGUGAUACUGCCAGUGGUACAUCAAGUGUUAAAAAAAGUCUUGCAGAGAGGAAGAUGUUUUUAUGCUGCAUUUCUUUGACUGCACUGCUCUGUGUGAUUCAGUGAUGUCUGUGCUUCAGAUCACGUCCUUCAUCAUCAGCUCUAUGUUUCUUCACACUCACUCAGCUGUUAAUAUCUACUCUGCUGUGAUGCCUCAGACAGUAACAGCUCUGACAGGCUCUUGUGUGCAGAUUCCUUGCACAUUCAACAUCUCUAAUUUUGAGGACAAACGUAACAGAACAAAAUCUAUUCAUGGGAUCUGGCUAAAAAGCAUAUCACAGUAUGAUAACAAAGACAGUUUUAUAGCUUUUAAUAGCAGUGAAAACAUCAUUAGAGGAUUCAGUGACAUACAGAUGACUGGAAAUCUCAGUGAGAGGAACUGCACAACUGUCUUCUAUAACAUCAUGAAGAAUCAUUCAGACAUCUAUUACUUCAGACUGCAAAUGGAGCCAGAUGUGUUCAGAGCAACAUUUAACCCCAGGACAGAUGAUUCAAGCAAGACUGUGAGGAUCAAUGUCACAGAUUCAGCACAACCUCCUGAACUGAAUCCCAGUGAGCUACAGUAUGUGAAGGAGGGAACUACAGUAAAUCUGAGCUGCUCUGCUGAAGCCCCCUGCCCCAAACAACCUCCUACAAUAUCCUGGUCUAACAUCCCUGAAUCUGCCAACAUUACAACACAGUUACAGGAGAAACCUGAUAAAACCCAGUCAGUGUUUUCAUACGUGACCUUCAAAGCUUCAUACAAAGAUCACGAAAAGAACAUCACCUGCACUGCUACAUAUCCAAGAAAUACAUCUGAUGCCUCAACUGUGAAGAGCACCGUGAUGCUACGAGUCCUGUUUUCUCCAAAAGAAACUCACAUCACCAUCGAUCGAUCUGAUUCAGUCUCUGCUGGCACAAAUGUGACUUUGACCUGCAGAAGUAAAGCCAGUCCAUCAAAUAACUUGAAGUACACCUGGUACAAACGUGGACAGGAGAUGCCAAUAGCUCAGGAAAGGAAAAUUAAUUUUAUUUUAAAUUACAAUAAUACAGGAUUGUACUUCUGCAGAGCACAGAAUAAACAUGGCAAUCAGUCAUCAGCAGAGAUUCAGCUCACAGCUGAAGGACAAGAUGGACACUCUAUGACUGUGAUCGCUGGUUGUGUGGGAGGAAUUGCGGCAGUGCUCAUGCUCUCUGCUAUUGGAUUUUGUACAAGCAGGACCAGGAAAAAGACACACAGGGGAGACAAUGCUGGAGAAAAAGAUUGCCUAAAUCAGAAUAACAGGAUCUCUGAUGAUUAAAGUGUGCGUGACUGUGAAACAAAAGUUCAGUACAAGUUCAGUUCUCAGAUCGACCACAUUACAGAGAACGGUUCAACAGACAACAAUGAAAAAGGCUCAGAUGUAGUAUAUACACAGGUCUACAUGUUACACAAAAAACCAAAAGCCAUCAGUGUUCUACCUGAGAGCAUUCAUGCUCAGGUGAAAGUCUAAGUGUUUUUUUUUUUUUAUUGCUUUUUUGAUGGUUCCUUUAGACAUUCUGUUGACUAUAAAAACUUUUGGAACAACAUGUCAACUAACUCUCAGAGUAGGAGAGUAUUAGUAGACUAGGGUUAGUAGAAUAAACUGAUAUGUAGUUGCAAAGUUUCUUAUACUAGACCGUUUGCUGGGUGACCAAAAAUAAAGUGUUAGCAGACGGUCUACUAAUGAUCUAAUGACUGGUAAUUGACAUGUAGUUGCAAAGUUACCUAUAGAUAGUAAAUCCAGUCAAAAACACCUGUAGACUGGACUGAGGGGGGCUGUACACAGAAGAUCCCCUGGCAGUGUGAUCAGUCUAAAAGCUCUUUUGCAAGGAAGAGUGGGGAAAAUUGACAGAUCCAGAUGUGUAAAGACUACUCUUAUUUAAAAAGAGUGGCUGCUUUAUUGUGUGCACACUUGCAACCAGGAUAUUUUAAGUUGUUUAUUUUUCUGUUUUUUUUUUUCUUUUCAUUAAGUUUCUGUUGCUAGGGAUCAAUGCUCAGAGUUGUGUUUUCCUUGGAAUUUUGACAUCAAACAUCAAACAAAAUCAUUGACAACAUCAAUAUCAAGUUUAUUAAUUUAGUAAUUUAGUUAGUAAAUGCUCAUGUACUGUCCUUCAAUGUGUUUCCUUAUGAGAAUUGAUGCUGAUACUGUAAAUUCAUGUUUAUUUUAAGCAUUUUUAUUAUGUUAAAAAUAAUUUCUAUAAUUAUCUGUGUAAUUACUUAUAUCCUUGUUUUUGUAGUUAAUGUGACCUAGAUAAAAUCUUGUAAAAUAAAAAACAAUCAUGUCUGCUGGUUAUUGGUUAAACAGUUUCAGCUGUGUCAGGAAUAUGGACCUGUUUUGUUGUGUUUUCCCUCCCCAUGUGCUCCAUGACCCAGUUUCUCCCUUUCUCCCUGUCAUCCAGGAGUCUUGUAAUUACCCUCGUUAUCCCAUGUAUUUAAGUCCCAGUCUGUGCUGUCUGUCUUUGUUGGGUCUACAAUGUUAUGUGCGUGUGUCUUCAGCUGUUCCUAGUGUAGAUUACUCUAUGUG